AUGUUUGAGUUUCCUAAGCUACAUUCAUUCCCGCCGUUCUUCACAAAACAAAGCAAUGCUACUGUUCUAGAGCAUCAGCUCGAGGCAUGGACCUCGCUUGUUCUUUCCUACUGUGAAUACCACAAGAUAUACAGCUUGCUGGGUACUGGAGCAGUGCUAUCGUCACAGAAUAAGGAGACAGAGUUCCCGCCGCUUUUCGAGAAUAAGGAGGUGGAGAGGGCGUGUCUGGAAUCUUUCAAAAAGGACAUUUUGAACCACAUCAUCCACAAGGCUACUCGUGCAAGCUACAUUGACCCCAAGAAGCUGGACGCUGGCGUCCUUAUCCACUGGAGAACGCUUCCAGAAUGGGCUAAGCUUUUGAGAGAUUACGUGGACAGUACAGGACAGCUUGGAACGAUUCUCACCGUGUACGAAUUGACCCAACUGGAGGAUUCGACCACCAGUGAGGAUUUCAAGAACAUCGACUACAAUCUCUUUGUACGGGUGUUGCAGGUGCUUAUGAAACAGGGAAAGGCACAGAUCAUCAUGGCCGAGGACAACUCGGGUCAGAUCGAGGGCGUGAAGAUCGUGUAA